AUGACGAAUGAAGUAAACACCCCGGAAAGUUUCUCAGAAGAAGAAGCCAGGAAACUCGAAGAAGAAAACGAGACAGCCAUCAAACGGAUACAAGACGCCAUCAACUACACGAUGCAAAUUCGAAACAACAGCGAAGUUAGAGACACCCUCCAACACAUGCGGAAAACCCGAGACCGCCGCAUCGCACUACGCGGAAACACCCGAGGACAGUAUCAACUCAAGUACAAAGCAACCCAAUUUGUCUACCGACCCUAA